ACCCGAUCGAAGUGAUGAACUCUCUCCUGUCUCCUCUUUAUAAAUAGAGAGAAACACAACACAACACAUCACAUAAUCGCUUCACCUUAAAACACAAACAAAUCAAUUUUUGUUACUCUUUUUUUUUUUUUUCACUUUUCGUUCUGUCGUCGAGUUUCGACUUCAUUGCACUAUUUAAAGACUUGUGUUUUUUUUUAUACACCUUCUCAACUUGUCUCUAUCUCUUCCUCUCUCUAAAUCCCUCUUUCUUCUUCUUCUUCUCUUAAACCUUCGCUCGACACUGUAAUUAAUUAACAAAGGGAAAACGCACGCACUUGUUCGCAAUCUUCUUUCAACAUUGCCGUUAUUCAACCAACUCUUCAAUUCUCGAAGCUAACGUUCUGAGAUAGCAGUGCUGCGGACUAUGAAAAACCUGCUGUAGCUUCUGUUUCACGCUAUCGAUUGGACAGCCUGCCACCGAUUGACAUGGAGGUUCAAAUUCAUCAACUUGAGCAAGAUGCAUACUCUGCUGUCUUGCGUGCUUUUAAAGCUCAGUCUGAUGCUCUUACUUGGGAGAAAGAAGGUUUGAUAACUGAGCUCAGAAAAGAGUUGAGGGUUUCAGAUGACGAACACAGGGAGCUUCUUACCAGGGUUAAUUCCGAUGAAAUAAUCCACCGCAUAAGGGAAUGGAGACAAACUGGCAUUUACCAACCUCCAAGACGCACCACAUCUCAGCCUCGUCAUGACAUUUUACCCAGUCCAACUGUUUCAGCUUCCCGAAAAAAACAGAAGACGUCACAUUCGGGUCAGUCAUUGCCUGGUUUGUCUUCAGCGAAGUCUGUACCGUACGGUUCUAGUGGACCUGCUGGGGCUAGGCAUUUCGCAAAUCGCAAUUCUUCUAGUAAUCUGUUAUCUAAUGCACCUGCUGAAGGAUCAACGUUUCAUCCAUUGGUUGGUAAGAAAGUUUGGACUAGAUGGCCUGAAGACAACCACUUCUAUGAAGCUGUCAUAACUGAUUACAACUCUGCUGAUGGCCGGCAUGCUUUGGUUUAUGAUAUUAAUAAAGCAAAUGAGACUUGGGAAUGGGUUGAUCUCAAAGAGAUAUCACCGGAGGAUAUACGAUGGGAAGGUGAAGAUCUGGGCAUACUCUACAGAGGUGGACAUAGCGGGCAAGGUCGUGGAGCUAAUAAAUUAUUUGGCCAUGGUGGUGAUACUUUAGGUGCUGGAAGAGGGAGAGGCCAUCCAAGAUUUCACUCCAGAAAAGAACUUGUACUGCCACAAAACGGUAUCGGAAAUAGAGUUCCAGAUGAAAUUGAGUUGCUGAACACAGAUUCACUUGUUAAGGAGGUGGAAAGGGUUUUUGCUACUAGUCUUCCAGAUUCCGUGGAGCUUGAGAAAGCAAAGCAAAUGCUGAAAGAACAUGAGCAGGCUCUUGUUGAUGCCAUUUCGAGGAUUGCAGAUGCAUCAGAUGGUGAAAGUGAUGGAGAACAUCCAUAUUUACAAGGACAAAUAAUGGACAGAGGAUGAGAGCAGAAACCAGCUGUAUUGUGGAGACAAUUUGUGACCCUUGAAGAUGAUCUUUUGUUCUCAUGAAUUCUCAAAUAGAAGUCUGAUUGUAGGUGAAAGCAUAGGCGAUAACAGCAUCAAAUGGUCAAGAUGGUCUUCUUACAGAUUCCCUUUCUGUCAUUUUUAUGUUCAUUACCCUCCUGACUUUUACCUCUGAAAGUGCAUUUUUGUGCUCAAUGACAAUGAAGGAUAUAAACUCAUUCAUUUGGCACAGAAAUUGUUUUAUUUUAAUGCAAAUGUAAAAUACUAAAACUGAAAUGAAAAGACGUUUGGUGUAUUUUUCUCUAA